GCCAGCCUCGCCGCCGCUGCGUGGCUUGCGCUCCAGCCCCGGGCUCCCAGUCUCGGUCUGCGCCCGCCGCUCCCACCAUGAGGCCACGGCGGGGCUCCUAAGAGUUGCUGGUAGGUCGCCGGCGCGCCCUCGGGCCAGCGUCCCCGCGGGCGGGCUAUGACCUAGGGCGCUCGGGGGUCCCGGCCUCGAGGUAACGGCGAGGGAAAGGCGACGGCGAACAGGACGAUGAGUUUCCGCAAGGAGGACGGCGUGAGCAGCCUGUGCCAGAAGGCGCUGCACAUCGUCACCGAGCUGUGCUUCGCGGGCCAGGUGGAGUGGGAGAAGUGCUCCGGAAUCUUCCCCCCGGACCGUCGCACCCCGGGCGGCGGCAGCACAGACAUUUCAGUCAGCCUGUUAGCGGUCGUCGUCGGCUUCUGCGGGCUGGCCCUGCUGGUUGUCUCAUUGUUUGUUUUCUGGAAGUUAUGCUGGCCAUGUUGGAAGAACAAACCUGUCACCCCCAACGUUGCUGCCAUUGCACAGAGCGUUUCAAGUGCUCCUACUGAAGUGUUUGAGGCUGAAGAGAAAAAAGAGGUGAAAGAAAAUGAAAAGCCAGCUCUGAAAGCUAUGGAACCUGCGAUAAAAAUCAGUCACACAUCCCCUGACAUCCCCGCCGAGGUCCAAACCGCUCUGAAAGAGCACCUAAUCAAACACGCACGCGUGCAGAGGCAGACCACGGAGCCCACAUCUUCAUCCCGCCACAACUCCUUUCGGAGGCACCUGCCCCGGCAGAUGCAGGUCUCCAGCGCUGACUUCAGCACGGGCCCCGAAGCUGUGCUGCAAAGAGGCGAGACCACCACCAGCAUCGGGAGAAUCAAGCCAGAGCUCUACAAGCAGAAGUCGGUUGACUCUGAGGGCGAUGGGGAAGAGGAUGUGAAAACCUGUGGGAAACUGAACUUCACCCUCCAGUACGAUUAUGAGAACGAACUCCUCGUUGUGAAGAUCAUCAAAGCCUUAGAUCUUCCUGCUAAAGACUUCACAGGGACCUCUGACCCCUACGUGAAGAUGUACCUGCUUCCAGACAGGAAGAAGAAAUUUCAGACACGUGUGCACAGAAAGACCUUGAACCCACUGUUUGACGAAACUUUCCAGUUUCCGGUCGUGUACGAUCAACUCAGCAACCGGAAGCUGCACUUCAGCGUCUAUGAUUUUGACAGGUUUUCUAGACAUGACAUGAUUGGGGAAGUGAUUCUGGAUAAUUUGUUUGAAGUCUCUGAUCUCUCCAGAGAAGCCACCAUAUGGAAAGAUAUUCACUGUGCUACCGCAGAAAGCAUAGACCUGGGGGAAAUCAUGUUUUCCCUUUGUUACCUGCCCACGGCCGGGCGCAUGACACUGACGGUCAUCAAGUGCAGGAAUCUCAAGGCCAUGGACGUCACGGGCUCGUCAGACCCUUAUGUCAAAGUGUCCCUGAUGUGUGAGGGUCGGAGAUUAAAAAAGAGGAAGACGACUACAAAGAAGAACACGCUGAACCCCGUGUACAACGAGGCCAUCAUUUUUGACAUCCCUCCGGAGAACGUGGACCAGGUCGGCCUCUCCAUCGCAGUCAUGGAUUAUGACAGGGUGGGACACAACGAGGUUAUAGGCGUGUGUCGCACUGGCCUGGACGCCGAGGGCCUUGGCCGAGACCACUGGAACGAGAUGCUGGCCUAUCACCGCAAGCCGAUCACACACUGGCACCCCCUGCUGGAGUUACCUGGCCGGGCCACCAGCUUUGACAGUCAAGGAUCCUGUCCUUCACCCAAACCACCCUCCACACCGUGAUGCCUCCGGCGGCUCUGUGCAGUCAGAACCUGGGACCUUGUGCUCACUGCAUCAGAA